AGAGUUUAUACUUAGAGCUAUGUUUUGGGACGAACUAAUCUGCUAGAGAGCAGUGUGAGGAUCGGAACGCAUUGUGUGAGCGAGUGUGUGGAGGACAGAUAAGGGAAGAAGCCCGGCAGACUGACUGCUUGUUUUAAUGUGCUGACUCUGGGGAGCUAAAAAAAUAUAUAUAUAUUGACUCUUCAGUCGUGCGGCGUGAGCCAGGGCACAAGCGCCACAUUUAACAGAGGUGCACCAGAAAACACGGGCGCGAGAGAGGAGAAAAUACAUCCAGCUAGACAGCACAUAUAGAGGAUUUCUCCUUCCUUUUCUUCUUUUUUUUUUAACCUGUUAAUUUUUCUUUCUAUUUUUCUCGGGACUGAUUCCCAUUUCCAGUAGCAAAAAAGGAGCCGUAGAGCCACGAGAACACCAAAAAAACCCACAAAAAAGCGUCAAGAAACGAAACACCGCAAACAAGAUGUUUGAAAUCAGCCGAACACUGAAUGCUGCUUUGUUGAGCAAUGAGUGUCUGAAGAUGAUGGUAAGGUGUUCACAGAACUCGGCAGUAGCCCAGGUGGAAGGCUCCUUCCCAGGUAUGGGCUCGCUGCUUUUCCCCCGAGAUCCAUCCAGUCAACUGGGGGCCAGGGCGCUGGGGGGAUCGACAGAGACUCAGUGGCGUCAGGCAGACCUGCCGCAGCUCCAGGGCUGGGCUGAGAAGGGACUGCUGACACAGCCAAAGAUGAUAAUCAGCAACAUGGAGCCUCAGGUGACGAACGGGCCGAACUCUGCCAUGGCCAACGGUCCCUCCAGCAACAGCCGCAGCUGCCCCUCGCCAAUGCAGACCGGUGGCUCCAGUGACGACAGCAAGACAAACCUCAUUGUCAACUACCUGCCCCAGAACAUGACCCAGGAAGAGUUCCGCAGCCUCUUCGGCAGCAUUGGCGAGAUUGAGUCCUGCAAGCUAGUUCGAGACAAAAUCACAGGGCAGAGUCUUGGCUAUGGCUUCGUCAACUACAUUGACCCAAAAGAUGCAGAGAAAGCCAUCAACACGUUAAAUGGACUCAGACUUCAGACCAAAACUAUCAAGGUUUCAUAUGCACGGCCCAGUUCGGCUUCUAUCCGUGACGCUAAUCUGUACGUGAGUGGGCUGCCCAAGACCAUGACCCAGAAGGAGCUGGAACAGCUCUUCUCUCAGUACGGACGGAUAAUCACCUCUCGCAUUCUCGUCGACCAGGUCACAGACAAAGAGAGGAACCGAGAGAGGAGGUGUCAUUCCCAGUUUCCUCUAUCUGCUCCACUUUCGAAGGAUUCUGCUUUGACCUCAACAUCACUCCGCGGUGGCUCGCGGGGUGUGGGCUUUAUUCGCUUUGAUAAGAGGAUAGAAGCGGAGGAAGCCAUCAAGGGUCUGAAUGGACAGAAGCCCUCAGGUGCUGCCGAGCCCAUUACGGUGAAGUUUGCCAACAACCCCAGCCAGAAGACAAGUCAGGCACUACUGUCACAGCUGUACCAAUCCCCCAACCGCCGCUACCCUGGACCCCUCCACCACCAAGCGCAGAGGUUCAGGCUGGACAAUUUGCUUAAUAUGGCCUAUGGCGUUAAGAGGUUCUCCCCCAUCACCAUCGAUAGCAUGACCAGUCUAGUAGGGAUGAAUAUCCCCGGUCACACAGGAACGGGCUGGUGCAUCUUUGUCUACAACCUGUCUCCGGACUCGGAUGAGAGCGUCCUGUGGCAGCUCUUUGGACCGUUCGGCGCUGUUAACAACGUCAAGGUGAUCCGCGACUUCAACACCAACAAGUGCAAGGGGUUCGGUUUCGUCACCAUGACGAACUACGACGAAGCGGCCAUGGCCAUCGCCAGUCUGAAUGGAUAUCGGUUGGGUGACCGUGUCUUGCAAGUGUCUUUCAAGACCAGCAAGACCCACAAGUCCUGAACUCCCCUCCCAUCACUUGUGUAGCUCCUUACAGCUCCUCUAAUACUAAAAACCCACCUCUGCCCACUCAGCUACUCAAAACAGGAACACACCCGACCAACAAACCCACAAAAAAGAACUGGAUAUGGCUUAUAAUAUAACUUUGGACCUAUAAGCCAACGUUGCCUAAGUAUUACAAAAUGACAAAUUGAGAAUAUUCAUUAUUUGGAGACCCUGGAAGUGGUACAGGGAUUCUGUUGUAUAUCUUUUUGAGUUCUCGUGAUUGUUUUUACUUUUUUCUUUUUUUUUUCUCUGUAAACAGUAGCAAAACCAGACCGCCCUUAUUUUGAAGAAGAAAAUGUCCUUCUUUAGAUCGAACUUUCUUGGUGUCGAUUCAGGAUUUUUUCUUUCUUUUUUAAAUCCGGAUCCACUGUCGUUAGAAUAACGCCUCCCUGGUAAGAGAACAGGAGGGAGCUCUUUUUAAAAAAAGAAGAAAAAAAAAUCGUGAUCAUUCAUUCAUUUGUUUUGGUGUAAAUUGUUAGAGAUCCCCAAAAUGUCAUUCAUCAAAAAUGAAUUGACAGGGAUGAGGCCAUCCCUUUUCUCUAAUGCAGAAGAUGUUUCUAGCAUAGUUUUGGUUUUGUACUGGAA